AUGGCAGGAGAACACGGAAAUAACGAUAAUUCUAGCGUUAAUACUUUGCAAGCCGCCGUCGUAGAAAUACGGCGCUUACAGACCCAGAUUGCGGCCAUCGAAGCCGAAAGAACUCAUGAGAAAGAGAAAGCAAAAAUGAUUUCAGAAGAAGAGGAAGGAGAGGGCGUCAUGGACGUACAGCCUCUAGCACAGCACUUAUGGGAUACCCAAGUCUUGGAAGCAAUCAAGGUUCCUCACCUUCCUACCUUUGACGGAAAAACUGACCCUCGGGAGCAUCUGAUGGCAAUUGGGACACAAACUGCCAUAAUCAAUGCUCCGGAGCAUCUGAAAUGUAAAUUACUAGCCGGUACCUUCAAGGAUGUGGCCUUACGUUGGUACAUGAAUCUCCCAAGGAAUUCAAUAGAAAGUUAUGCCGAUUUUCAUAAAAAAUUCAUUCACCAAUUCGCCGGAUCGAAACACGUGAAAGUCACAUCAACCAGCCUUUUCUCCAUUCGCCAAAACCACGGCGAAUCGUUGCGCAGUUUUCUAGCUAGAUUUAGCGAGGCCACCAUCAAGGAGGUAAACAAGAGAGCGGAGUGUUACAUAAAGGGCGAAGAAAGUAACGCCGAGAAAAGGCAAAGAGACGCCAAGGAGAAGGAAUAUGUGGGCCGUGCUACUAGAGUGCCAGAACACCCGCGACCAAAAAUGGGAAGUCAUCAGGGAAACACAUGGCAAAGGCACCAUGGUAAACCCUACCAACAACCGCCAAGGAGAGAGUUCAGGAAUCACCCUGCCGAUGAAGAGUUUACGCCUUUAAAUGCUUCAAAAGUGUACGUGUUAAACGAAAUUCUGGCCAGUGGUUUGGCAAACCUCCCUCCAAAUAGAGCCAACAAUAUCCCCUUGGGGCUCAACGAUAACGCCUGGUGCGCCUACCACAGGUGCAGAGGUCAUUCUACGGAAAAGUGCUUCCGCCUAAGAUAUUUGAUUGAAGAACUGAUUAAAAGCGGACACCUCCGGAGGUUCAUUGACGAUGCAGCGCAAGGCCGGGUCGUCGUGCCAAAAAUCCCCAGACAAGAGCCAUGA